AUGGCUUCUCAGACCAAUUACCAGGCAGUUGCCGCAGGCUCGGCAAGCCCGUCACCAUCUCCAAGUGUGAAUGGUGAUGCUAACGAUGGAAAUAGUCCAGUUCCGGACAACGUAAAUGAACCUACUCCCUUGGGCAGAGUCCUCGCUAUCAACACUCUGCGAGACCGAAUCAAUCCUGGUAUUGUCGACGGAUCAUUGCUUGAAAUCUAUCUCCGCUCAACGACAUGGGACGUUGACAUGGCAUACGCAAGAUGGACAGCUGAUCGAAAUCGAAUCCUUGCCGACACGGCCAUGUUCGAAAACGAUGAGGAUGAGUCGAUAGCAGAAUUGUCUGAAGACAAGCCAAUGGCAGGCGGUGACGAGGAAGAAGAGCUUGACCAGGGCGAAGAAGAUCGAGAGGAUGAAGACGAGACGUUUAGAGCCAUGAGAGAUGCCGGUCUGCUGUUCAAUGCUAACUGGGAACAGGAACGCCGAGAUGCUGCACUUGCACUUCGAAUUGCAGUACAGGAGCGAAGCCUCUAUACGCAAACUUUGAGCCCUUCGCAAGCAGUUCUGGUCCUUCAUCUCGCGCAAUGGGAUCUGGGCGACGCUACGGCUCGAUAUGUCCGUCUUCGAAGACGCUUGGCUGGGACAUUCGACCAUAUGAGAACAAGACUUCAACAGGAGCUCGGAGGAAAGAGUAACCCGCAGAUCAUGAUGGAACAGGACGAGCGACUGGCAGAAUUCAUCACAAUUACGGGCCGCCCCGAUUGGUACUCGCUUCGCGUCUGUCUUCAGGAGCAUGACUGGGACCUCGUACAGGCAGUCUCGCACUGGUUUCUGAACGGGGUACGAAUUGUUACACCGCCUGCGAAUGAGAGACUUACCGAUAGAGGUAUCCGUGUCGACCACAACUUGAACCCCUUAGAUCUCAACGAGGAAUGGCAGGCUCCAGAAGUCGAUCUGGAUGGUUGGGAUGAUGAGCCGGAGACAUUCGAGUUGCUGGACAGUGAGGAUUCGUCUCCUGGGUCAGAUUUGGUCCUGAUCAAGAAAGACGGAAAGCGUCAAGCCGGGUUCUUGGUCAACAAUGAUCGCGACACCGCAAAGGUCGGUCUCCGAAAUGAGUCCAAAUUCUUAGUAGAGUAUGUCUCCAAGGGCAAGCUCCAUCACAAUCGUUUCCAACAGGCAAAUACUUUCAUGUGGCCAGAGCUACGUGGCUCGUUGGCAGCGAAGCGGAAGAAAAGCAAGAAGGCCCUGGUCGAGUUCAAUUGGAAUCGUCAAGAUGACGUGAACCUCCUUAACAAUUGGCGCAGACAAGCCAUGACGAGAGCUACAGGAUUGUUUCAUCGAGCUAGAUCACAGCCUUGGUCACGGGAAGAGUCGGAUUUUCUGUACCAGUUGUCUGAGGAACUCCUUGAAGAACUGAAACUCAGGCAUCCGGAACUGACCGAGAAUGACUUGUUGCCUCUCACCGUCUCAGCGGCGAAGAAAAAAGAAUGGGCCGAUCGAAUGAACGCCAAAUUCACCGGCACAAUGCAAGAAGGUAGCCGUGUUCCUCGCGCCGACCGAAAGCCCGGGGCGGUGAUGACCGCACGAGCUCGUUGCCAGGCAAUUGUGGAUCGGUUCAAAGUAAAGCCAGACAAACAGUGGUUUGACAAGCAAGAGAAGAAGAAUGUCAAAGCUGGGACUAGGCGAAAGCAUUCAGAAAUGGAGACUGAAGAGCCUGAAGACAACGAGGAUGUUGACGCGGAGGAAAUGGAAGAUGAAGCCGGGGAUGACUAG